AUGUCGUUGAACAACAUAAAAUCUGUUUCACCCAAUUCAAAAGAUUCAUUUGGUAAGAAGCUAAUGGAUAGGAUCCGGCCAACCCAACCCCGGUUCCUGCACAGUACUCUUCGUCCGCCUCUACCACGGUGUCUCAAGUGUCUUCUAAAGCUGCAUCGGAGGUUUGCAUCUGCGCUAUCCAAUGUCGUCCGUAGAGAAGCAAAUCCAAGGGAGCCAUGUUGA